GAGAAUAGAAUAUGAGAGUAUUGCGGCACUGGCUGGAUGUGUCCCAGCAGUUACCGCAUUGAAGCUUGGUGCAGAGAUGGGAGUGUACAGUCCAGACUGGAAGAGAGCAGAGUGAGAAACAGGAGGAGGCAGAAACCUCAAAAAAGAAAAAAAAAGGCAGAGUUCUGGAGAGGCCAGGUAGCUAGCUGAUUUAUAUAUUUCAACAAUAAUCCAAGCGGAAGAAGGCUCGAUCGAAGCAGUAUAGAUGCAAACCUUAGGAAGGUGCACAAAUAGACCUGGUCAGCAGCAGAAGUAGGUGAGGGGGAAAAAAAAGGUUAGUGUCAAUUUUGACUGGAAUCAGGUCGAUCAGGUGACAGCAGCAUGUCUCGCUCCAUCAGGCUGCCCCUUCUGCAGAAGUCGUUCAGUGGCCACAGCACAUCUCCUAGCUCGACCUUAGAUAUGAUCAACAAAAACGUUUGGGAAAGCCGAUUGACGGAGAUUGAAGCCAAAGAGGCCUGUACCUGGCUCCGAGCAGCAGGCUUCCCACAGUAUGCCCAGCUCUAUGAAGAUGCCCAGUUUCCCAUUGACAUCUCCUCAGUCACCAGGGACCACGACUUCCUUGAUCGAGAUGCCACUGAAGCUCUCUGCAGGAGGCUCAAAACCCUCAACAAGUGUGCUCUAAUGAGACUGGAGAUAUCACCGCAAAGAAAAAGGAGUGAAGACUCCGAUGAGGAUGAGCCGUGUGCGAUCAGUGGCCGCUGGACAUUUCAGAGAGACAGCAAGCGCUGGUCCCGGAUGGAGGACCUGGAGGUUUUCUCCUCAUUGUACACAGAUGGUGCGCAAUCCUCUUCAGCAAAGGACCAAGUAUCCAAAAAGACCAAGCUGGCCUUGUGCGAGGGAAACAGUUCGGAGAGUGUGCUGACUGAUCUCAGUGAGCAACCUGAAGUGAGUUCCAUCCAUAGCAGUGGUAGUGGCGGAAGAGUAGAGGAGAAGAGUUGUGACGCCACCAUUCAUUCCCCAAACGAAGCCAUUGCCGUUGGAGCCACGCGUGCGAGCUCUGUAGCGAGCAUGUGUUCAUCAUCAGGCACCUGCGGGUCAGUCUGUGCUAAUGAGGACUCUCUGUCUGAUGGGCUUCCUCCGUCUCCCUUGGAGCUCGGACAGUUCACCUUUGAUCUGAAAAUGGGAGAACUCGGAGGAAGUUUGGAUCGUGGCGGUGGCAGUGGUAAAAGCACAAGAUCACGAGCCAAGAGCUUCCUCAAGAGGAUGGAGAGUCUACGCCUCCGCAGUGGCACCACCUCCAAGAGAAAGAAGAAAGGGAGCAUCAGUGGUGGGAAGAUCGAGAUCAGCGGCCCUGUCAUCAAAGAGGGUCUUGAUGAUGACAAGUUGCGGAGACUCAACUGUGUGGAUAUCCCAAGUCUCAACCUCAACCAGAACCUUAAUCACCAGCACCAUCCAACCCAGACUAUGACACUUAACAGGAAUCGUUCUGUGUCCUACUCGACUCAGACGAGCAACGGUAGCACUGGAAGCACUGGGAGCAGCCAAUCGGAAGCCAGCAGCGGCAGUGCGGUGAGCACCCCGAGCCCAGUGACCCGCGCUCGUAGCCACAGCACCGCAGCAGGCUCCGGUAAGAGAGGUGGGAUGUACUUGGAGGGUUUUGAUCCCUUCAGCAUUCUCCAGCAAGCAUCCGAUCGGCAGCCAACGCCCAAAUCGGCCCCGCCUAUCCCAUGCCAAGCAAAUACUGAUGUGAGCAUUGAUGAGCAGAACCGAAGAAACAACCACAGAAUUCAGGAGAAUGGCAGACAAGCAGAGGAAGAGGAAGAAGAAGACGAAGGCAGAAUCUUUUUCUAUUUACCGGAGGGUCACAAGCCAGGCACUUUCCCCAAAGCUCUGCAAGACGGGAGUUCGCGCAAUAACAACGGUAAUGACAACGGAAACUCCGUGAUCCUGAGAGGACGGCAAAGUAGACGCCUACGUCGAGUCUCGUCCAGCUCAGUGGACAGCCGCCUCAGUUUUUAUGACAAUGUCCCAUACAUGUCGCGAGACGAGGCUGCGGAGGGGGAUGAACGGAAACUGGAGGAAGUGCUCCAACAUGUGAGUGGCCUGCAGCGUUUCGUGAACGCCUGGUCCGAGGCUGUGGCGGCUGGUGAGGAGGAAGAUGAGGAGGAGGAGGAGGAGGAGGAGGAAGGAGACUCAGAUUCAGCGUUGGACUCUGGCUCACCGUGCCCAUCUUCCCCUCUACAAAAUCAUCUAGAAGAGACUGAAAAUGGAAGUGACCAAGACAGCACAGGAAACCCACUGGGGGAGGGCGAGGAUGGGUUGAGGGAGAGGAGGGACUCUGGAGUUGGGGCAUCACUAACAAGAACCAGCAGACCACAGAAACUCCGCUGGUUGAGCUUCCAUAACUCCCAUCGGCCCAGUUUGGCCUCCGCUCAGCUCCAGAUUAGCUGCCAGUCUGUACUGCAGAUGAAUCUUCUUCAGAAGCUCUCGCUGCUACAGCUCACCGCCUUGCUGGAGAGGCACACCCCAACAAACAAACAUGGCUUCAGCUGGGCUGUUCCAAAGUUUAUGAAGCGAAUGAAGGUGCGCGACUACAAAGGCAGGAAUGUCUUCGGUGUUCCGCUGCUAGUUAUCGUCCAGCGCACUGGUCAGCCCCUCCCUCAAGGCAUCCAGCAAGCGAUGCGCUACUUGCGAAACCAGUGCUUAGACCAGGUUGGUCUUUUCAGAAAGUCGGGAGUGAAGUCGCGUAUCCAGGCUCUGCGUCAGAUGAAUGAGGCCAGUGGGGCCGAUGGGGGCGGGGUCACCUACGAGGGCCAGUCCGCCUAUGAUGUCGCUGACAUGCUCAAACAGUACUUCCGAGAUCUGCCUGAACCACUGCUCACCAGCAAACUGUCCGAGACCUUUCUUCAAAUCUAUCAGUACAUGCCCAAAGAGCUUCGCCUCCAGGCCGCGCGCGCCGCUGUGCUGCUGCUGCCCGACGAGAACCGCGAGGCGCUCCGGACGCUGCUGUGCCUGUUGAGCGACGUGACGGCCAGCGUCGGAGAGAACCAGAUGACGCCCACCAACCUGGCCGUCUGCCUGGCGCCAUCUGUAUUCCAUCUCAACACCCUGAGGCGCAAGGAGAGCUCUUCACCAAGGGUGAUGAAUAGGAAACCGACUCUGGGAAAGCCGGACCAGAGAGACCUGAACGAGAACCUGGCCGCGACCCACGGCCUGGCGCACAUGAUCCAGGAGUGCAGAAAACUCUUCCGGAUCCCCGAGGAGAUGAGUCGCUGUAGGAACUCGUACGUAGAGCAGGCUCUGCUACCGCGACGCUUGGAGGAGCUGUCGGGUUGCGACGCGGGACUAGGAGGAUACCGCUCCUACCUGCGCGACGGCCUUGACGCUCUCCUCAAGGAGGCCAAAGACAAGUUUAAAGGUUAUGACAGUUUCUCCACCCCCGAGCAAGCUGAGCUCGCCUAUCGUAAGGUACACGAUGGCUUCCCACUGAGGCUGUGGAAAGUGACCGUGGAGGUGCCUGCAGCUCCAGAAGAGGUUUUGACCCGGAUUCUGAGGGAGCAAGCGCGCUGGGAUGAGGACCUGUAUGAGAGCCGUGUGGUGGAAAGCCUGGAUGAGAGGACCGAGGUGUACCAGUACGUGCGGAACACCAUGGCCCCCCAUCCCAUGAGGGACCACCUGGUGCUCAGAACAUGGGUAACAGACUUGCCGAAAGGAGCGUGUGCACUGGUGUCUACAUCAGUUGAUCACGGCGCAGCGCCGAUGGUGGGCGUGCGCGCCAACGUUCUCCUCUCACGCUAUUUUAUUGAGCCCUGUGGAGCCAACAAGUCCCGACUCACGAACAUUUCUAGAAUUGACUGCAGGGGUCGCUUCCCAGAGUGGUACAACAAACUGCACGGACACUUGUGCGCUGCUGAGGUGGCGCGGAUUCGCGACUCCUUCACGUUGCCCACGGACAAAUGAGACGGACCCCUCCUUGUCAUUCCAAGAGCGAUGAAGACCAUCCUCCACCUCUUCACAAAAACAAGACUAACCUUGGCUCCUGGACUUGAAGGACUUUGUUGUUAUUUUUUUUAAAACCAUAUUUUUGAUGUUACCGUUUAAAAUGCCCUCUGGUCCUGCCAUCUAAGUAUUUAUGUGGAUCAAAGAACAUCGUUUAGACAGGCUUUACCCAAAGAGUGCUAUUGCUUCUGAGAAGCAAAGGUGACUGCAUGUGUAAUGAGAGCAACCAAUAGUUAGCAUCAACAUACUCCAGUGUACACACACUAACUACUCUUUUCACACUUAAUAUUAAUGCUAUCUAUUUUGCCUUACGUCCGUCCUUUUUUAUUUUGUCUCUUGUUACAACGCGUGGGAGGAAGCGCAAACAAUAUUUAUGAUGUCGUGUGGAUUGAUGAGUGCCUGGUUGAAGAAAGAUGUGAAUGUGCUAGCCCCGGGUUGAGCUGAUAUGUGGAAUGGAGAGGAGAGGAUACAAAGCGGUGGCUGGCUCACCAAAAGCAGCAACAAAAGCACCAUUGACGCCUCCCUGAAUGUUCCAUUGCAAGGAAUGAUUCAUGUUGAAGACCAAUCGACACAAGUGGACCAAAAUCCAUGAAAAAGCACCCUUUAACUUUUCCACAGCAAAAAUUAAUUUGUACUUCAUAUGUCCAAAUAUUGACUGUCGUAGUGCAUGAAAACACAACGCGUCCAACGUUGAAAAGAAAACUGCAAGCGAAAAGGUCCUUUUAUAAAGGAGGAGAUUUUACAGGUUUUACUGUAAAGACGAAGGCAGAUUGCAUGUUAGUGUGUUUUUGCAGAAAAAAAAAGGAAGGAAGACAAGCUUGUCACUGUGUAGUUCACUUGUUUUAACACCGCUUUAUGCGUACAGUACUUCACUUAAGCCAUUGUCCAUAUCGUUCAUGUAACCGGUCUCUCUACCAAAUAACACAUGGCAAUGACCGUUAAUUUAAAACAAAUAUAUUUAUACCUCGGAUAUAUGUUUGUUUUGUAUCGUUUUGUUGUAUUGUAAAUGUUAAGCUCUGUUACGGAAAUUAAAAAAAAAAAACGUUAUCUUUUUUAUUAAUAUUAUUUCUGUACAGUUUAAUCAAAGUGCACUAUUAAAUGUAUUAAAAUAA